UUGUCUUUUCUAUGUGUCCAGUAUCAUGGGAAACCUCCUGAUAGUGGUCACUGUAACCUCUGACCCUUACUUGCACUCCCCAAUGUAUUUUUUGCUGGCCAACCUCUCUGUCAUUGAUCUCAUAUUUUGCUCCAUUGCGGCACCCAAGAUGAUUUGUGAUCUUUUCAGGAAGCGGAAAGUCAUCUCUUUUGAAGGCUGUAUAGCUCAGAUCUUCUUUAGCCACGCUGUUGGGGGCACAGAGAUAGUGCUGCUUCUGGCCAUGGCCUUUGACAGAUAUGUGGCUAUAUGUAAGCCUCUCCACUACCUGACCAUCAUGAACUCGCAAAUGUGCAUUCUGAUUUUAGUGGUUGCCUGGGCCAUUGGUCUCAUUCACUCAUUCAUUCAGUUGUCUUUUGUUGUAAACUUGCCUUUCUGUGGCCCUAAUGUAUUGGACAGCUUUUAUUGUGACAUACCUCGGCUCAUCAAACUUGCUUGCACAGAUACCUAUAAACUGGAAAUCAUGGUAACUACUAAUAGUGGGUUCAUUUCCUUGGGUGCUUUCUUCUUGCUCAUCCUCUCUUACAUCUUCAUCCUGGCCAUGCUUCAGAAACACUCCUCUGAGGGUUCAUCAAAGGCCCUUUCCACUCUGUCAGCUCAUAUGACUGUCGUGGUUUUAUUCUUUGGUCCACUGAUUUUUUUCUAUAUGUGGCCCUCUCCUUCAACACCUCUGGAUAAAUUUCUAGCCGUAUUUGAUGCACUUUUGACUCCUUUUCUAAAUCCAGUCAUCUACACAUUCAGGAACAGAGAGAUGAAGAUAGCAAUUAGGAGAGUGUUCAGUCAGUUUAUGGGUUUUAGAAAAAUCACUUAA